AUGGCUCGUCCUCGAGCUGCAUCAGGAGCAGAUGCGCCGAAAGAGCCCCAUGCUUCCUACGGUAAAUGGCACCCUCUGGCAUUGGGUUUCUCUUCAUCAAGUCUGAUCAAUCUGGCCAGCCUGUCUCGACCAUCCUUGUCCUACCAGUCUCCUCUCCCCGCGGCCAACACCAAAAUCUCUCCUCAAGCUUCACUAAGCUUUCCAUCGUCCCGAACGGAUAACCAAUUCAUUCUCACACCUCUUCUCACCCUCCCCCCGUCAUUUGGAUCAGUAUAUGUCGGCGAAACGUUUGCUUGCACCCUUAGCGCAAACAAUGAAAUCUACAAAGACGACACAGACCGAGUGGUGACCUCGGUCCGGAUAGUUGCCGAGAUGCAGACGCCUUCCUCAGUCGCUGCUCUCGACCUCGAACCCACUGCCGAUCCUGCACAAUCAGAAGGCCUUCGAGUUGGCGAGUCACUUCAGAAAAUCUUGCGCCACGAUCUCAAGGAAGAAGGCAAUCACAUCCUGGCCGUCAGCGUCAGUUACACCGAGACGCGGAUCGGCGAGAACGCCCAAGCUGCUAGCGGUCGCGUUCGCACUUUCCGGAAAUUAUAUCAAUUUGUCGCACAGCCCUGCCUCAGUGUGCGUACCAAGGCGUCCGAGCUUUCGCCGUUGGAGGUUGAGAAUAAAUCCUUGGGUCCUUACGGAAAGUCAAGAUUGCUACGCUUUGCACUUGAAGCGCAGGUGGAAAAUGUGGGAGAUGGUACAGUCGUUGUCAAGCAUACGCGGCUCAAUCCCAGGCCACCUUUCAAAUGCCAGUCACUUAAUUGGGAUGUAAGCACCUCCGAUUCCUCCUCAGCCGGGCCACCCACACUCAACCCUCGGGACGUGCUUCAAGUUGCCUUUCUUGUAGAACAAGAAGAAGGUCGUACGGACGGGCUUGAAGCUCUGCAAAAAGAUCUUCGACGGGAUGGUCGUGCUAUAUUAGGCCAAUUAUCAAUCGAAUGGCGCGGCGCUAUGGGAGACAAGGGGUUCCUUACAACGGGCAACCUCAUGAGUCGAAGACGCACUUGA